AAGCAAAAGACAAUUGAUAAAACCGAUUGAGAAAUCAUAGUUAAUAAUUUCAUCAAGUGGUGGUAGUGGCAAUAUAAAGCACAGGUUCUUCUAAUUUGUUUCUUAGCACGUAAGAAAAGAAACCAGAAUUUGAAUGUCUUUUGGCACUGAAAGUACUGUACCAAGUCAUCACCAUUCACAACUGAGAAAAAGGAACAGGAAAGAGAGAUGGACAUUAUUAAAGCAGUCUGCUGUCUCAUGGCUAUAAACUAUAGGGAAACUUAAAGGAGUGAUAAAGCAUCUGAAGGGAUAAGGAGGAAUUUUUCUUGGAGCAAAUUGCGGGAAGAACAACACCAGCACCGGGGGAAACAGAGAGACGGGGUGAGGGUUGUUUUUCUUUGGGGGUUUAAACAAGGGGGCACAAAAAAAAUCAUUUUUCUAGCAGGCAAAGAGUGGGAAGAACAUCAGCACCACAUGGAGAAGUCGAGAGGAGGAAAAAGGAGGUAUUUUUGAGAUCAAAAGCAUUCACAAGCAGGAGCCGCCGCCGCCAGUGCAGGUGGAGAGAAGAAAAGGGGGAAGCGAUUUCGACAUCAAACUCCUAGGGUUCUGAAGGGAGAAAAAAAAAAUCGAUUUUGAGAUCCAAACAAAGACUAGGGUUUGAUGAGGACGUACCGAUUCAGCAACUCCUUGAUCGGGUACCUGAACCUGUUGACGCUACUAGCGUCGAUCCCUCUGAUCGGCAGUGGUCUCUGGCUCUCGCGGAGUUCGGCGACGUGCGAGUCGUCGCUGCAGACUCCGCUCCUGGUGCUGGGCUUCGUGGUGCUCAUCGUCUCGCUCGCCGGCUUCGUCGGCGCCUGCUUCAACGUGGCCUGGGCUCUCUGGCUCUACCUCGUCGUCAUGCUCUUCCUCAUCGUGGCCCUUCUCGGCCUCACGGUGUUCGGAUUCGCCGUCACCGGGGGCGGGGGCGGCGUGGAAGUCCCCGGGCGCGUCUACCACGAGUACCGCCUCGACGACUACUCCGGCUGGCUGAGGCGGAGGAUCACGGAGCCGCAGUACUGGAAGACGGCCAUGGCGUGCGUGGUUGGGUCGAGGACGUGCGCCAAGAUCGCGUUUUGGACGCCAUUGGAUUAUCUCCAAAGGGACCUCUCGCCUAUUCAGUCCGGCUGUUGCAAACCGCCAACAUCUUGCACCUACAAUGCUGGGGCUGCCAUGGCAGCUCAAGACGAGGAUUGCUAUCGGUGGAACAACGCAGCCAACGUCUUGUGCUACGCCUGCGACUCAUGCAAGGCUGGUGUCUUGGAGCAAGUUAGGAGGGACUGGCACAAGCUCUCCAUCCUCAACAUCGUUGUCCUCAUCUUCCUCAUCUCCAUCUACUCUAUCGGCUGUUGCGCCUUCCGCAAUGCCCGACGCGCUGAGUCUGAGUAUCCAUAUGGCGAGAACCGCAUGUCCAAGAUACACCCUCGAUGGGACUACUACUGGUGGAGAUGGUUCCGAGACAGAAGAGAACAAAUCUAUUAGCGAUCGACUUUGAUGCUGCAUUUGAUCGAUGUUAAUUAAGUACAAAUCUAGAGAAACAGAAACUCAGUUUUUGUAAAUUAACAGAGCUAGCUACAUUUGUCUAUGGCCAUGGUUAGUGAAGGGUGCCUUGACCCUUUAUGUUGCCUGUUUUGCUUAAGGAAAGGUUUUCUAAAUUUUUUAUAUGGAACUUGCUUAGUUUCUAUAUUUUAUAUAUGAACUCUCGGUCCUUAGUCGUGUUAAAUGAAAGAGAUGAAUAUUUCAUA